AUGGACCAACUACUCUCUUACCUCCCGCCGACCGUGCUAGACUUUAUCGAGACCCAUGGCUCAUGUGUUACCACAGAACACGCGCAAUGGGCUGGCGUCGCGCUGGUCUCCCUGGCCGUCGCCUACGCGGGGUACCUCUAUAUUCUGUGCCUGAAAGAGGCCGCCGUGUCCUUCAAUGUGCCAUUGCCAGCAGAAGUUCGCAAUAGCGCUGGUGGAAAGAAGUGGGAGGAGAUUACUGGUGUUGAGAAGCGCGUGUUGGAGGAUCAGGUCUGGAACGAUAAUCUGAUUAUGAGCUAUUGCCCUGCUGAUGGGCGUGUCUUGGGCAAUGGUAUCAAGCCGGCGACGGUGCAGGAUGUCAAUGAUGCCGUGCAAGCUGCAAAGGCUGCGCAGCGGGAGUGGGCGACGACGAGUUUUGCUGAGCGCAGAAAGGUUCUUCGCACUCUUUUGAAAUAUGUUCUCGAUCACCAAGAUGACAUCGUAACCGCAUGCUGCCUCGACUCCGGAAAGACCAAAGUGGAUGCCUCGUUCGGCGAGAUCCUCGUCACUGCGGAAAAGCUCAAGUGGACUAUUGACCAUGGCGAGAAGGCACUGUUGCCAUCGCGCCGGCCAACCAAUUUCCUGAUGAUGUACAAGAAGAACAUGGUGACCUACGAGCCACUGGGCGUGGUGUCUGCAGCCGUCUCAUGGAACUAUCCCUUCCACAACUUCAUCGGACCCGUCAUUAGCGCAUUGUUCUCCGGCAAUGCCAUCGUCGUUAAGCCCUCCGAACAGACUGCCUGGUGCACCGCAUUCUUCCUAGACAUCGUCCGCGGCGCGCUAUCCAGCUGCGGACACUCGCGCGAUCUCGUCCAAACCGCCGUCUGCCUCCCCGCCGUAGCAGACAAGCUAACCUCGCACCCUGACAUUGCCCACAUCACCUUUAUCGGCUCUCGCCCCGUCGCUCACAAAGUCUGCGCCUCAGCCGCCAAAUCCCUAACCCCAGUCUGCGUCGAACUCGGCGGCAAAGACCCAGCCGUAAUCCUCGACGACGCCCGCACAAUCCGCAACCUCCCCGCCAUCUCCUCAAUCCUCAUGCGCGGCGUCUUCCAAUCCGCCGGUCAGAACUGCAUCGGCGUCGAGCGCGUCAUCGCUCUGCCAGGUACCUAUUCCAAACUCAUCGAGCUCGUCACCCCACGCAUUCGCGCCCUCCGCCUCGGCUCAAUCCUCCUCGACACACCUACCGAAUCAACCACAACCCCAGAUAUGGGCGCCAUGAUCUCCCCAGCCUCCUUCGACAAACUCGAGGGCCUCAUCGCCGAAGCAGUCGGCCAAGGCGCACGCCUCCUAGCCGGCGGCAAGCGCUACACACACCCCACCCACGUCCACGGCCACUAUUUCGCGCCUACGCUCCUCGUCGAUGUCACCCGGGACAUGCGCAUCGCGCAAGAAGAGCUCUUCGCACCAGUCUUCCUCAUAAUGCGCGCCGAAUCUCCCACCGACGCAGUCGCAAUCGCUAACUCAACCCUCUACGCCCUCGGCGCAAGUGUCUUCGGCCACAGCGCAGCCGACGUGCAGACCUGCGUCCGCGGUAUCCACGCCGGCAUGGUCUCCGUGAACGAUUUUGGCGCGUACUACGCCGUGCAGUUGCCCUUUGGCGGUGUCAAGGGGUCCGGGUAUGGCCGGUUUGCGGGUGACGAGGGUCUGCGUGGAUUGUGUAAUCUCAAGGCUGUUUGUGUGGAUAAGUUUCCCAAGGUUAUGGGGACUGCGAUUCCGCCGAGGGUGGAUUAUCCGAUUCAGAAGCGGGAGGGGACUGCUGGGGCGAAGGAUGGGCGUUCUGCGUGGGAGAUGUGUAAGGGUGUUGUUGAGACGGGGUAUCAGAUUACGCUUGGUGGGCGUGUUGCUGGUAUUUUGCGGUUGUUGGGGAAUAUGUGA